AGAUGAGGGAGUUGACAGGACAAGUGUGGCUCUUCAUCAGAAUUCCUUGCUGCUUUCCCACUAAGCUUUGAAACCAUUCAUGGAAGCUGAUGGCAAUGCUCUUGUUCCCUUGCGUCAGAAGACAAAAAAGAAAAGUCAAGGGUUCUUUAUAAUGAGCCGACGGAGGAUAUCGUGUAAAGAGCUGGGGCAAGCCGAUUGCCAAGGAUGGCUCUACAAAAAGAAGGAAAAAGGAGCUUUCAUUGGCAACAAAUGGAAAAAGUUCUGGUGUGUGCUGAAGGAGUCAUCUCUCUAUUGGUACAGCAGUCAGCUGGCCGAAAAAGCAGAAGGCUUCAUCAGACUUCCAGACUUCAGUGUGGACCGAGCAAUUGAAUGCAAAAAAAAGCAUGCUAUUAAGAUCAGCCACCCACAGAUCAAGACAUUUUAUUUUGCAGCAGAAAAUGUUCUGGAAAUGAACACGUGGCUAAGCAAGCUGGGUAUGGCUGUAGUCCCUCAAGCAUCCAACGGGAAGAAUGAGGAAGAAUGCUACAGUGAAAGUGAACACGAUGAUCCAGAAAUAACAGACACACCUCCUCCCCCUUACAUGGUCCAACUGCCACCUCCUCUUUCGGAUCAGCAGAAGUCUUCUUUCACCUCGACUGUGUCAAGUGAAGCAUCUUGUUCUCUCUCCUCUCCUGAAAGCACUUUCAACUCCCAUGAGUCGUCUUCUUCCUUGAUGUCUAAAGGGGCUUAUUCCGAGAGGCAGUCCUGGCUUGACCUAGUUAACAGCUCUGCCACAGAAGAGGGUGAUCAGCCUUUAACUUUCUGCGUACAGAUUCACUCUGAUGAGCCACCAGAAGUAGACUGUGGAGAAGCGGCAGAAAGCCAGGAUGUCCGGCUUUCCAAACCGAGUGGUGGAUCCCAAAACUCUUUUUUAGUUCCAGAUACACAUUGUCUAGCUGUGCCAGAUGCAUCAGGACAGAGAUCACUGGCCAAAGAUCAGGAAAAAUGUGAUGAUGAUGAGAUGGAGCGACUCUACAAAUCAUUAGAACAAGCAAGCCUGUCUCCCAUUGGUGAUCGUCGGCUGUCAACGAAGAAGGAGCUCAGGAAGUCAUUCAUCAAACGCAGCAAAAACCCCUCCAUUAAUGAGAAACUCCACAAAAUUCGAAUGCUGAACAGCACGUUAAAGUGUAAGGAGCAUGACCUGGCCACAAUUAACCAGUUGCUAGAGGACCCAAAGUUGACGGCAAUGAAGUAUAGAGAAUGGAGGAAUACAAACAUCAUGCUAGUCCAAGAUAUCUAUCAGCAGCAGGAGGUCCAGGACAUGUCCACAGAGAACAUUGAGGAGCAAGUGCUGACUCCACAGCCUAUCACUGAAAGUGCCAUCUGAGGCCAUGGUUUGAUGGUUCAUGACAAGAUUAUUCCUCAAGAGUCUUCACAUACAGGCAUUUUAAACUGCUGCAUUUUUAGGUUUGUUUUAUCCAAUUGUUCUUCAAAAGGAAAACAACCACUUCUGCAAAACUUUAAUUCCUCCUGCAAAACUUAUUUCAAGUCAAAAGGGCAAAUCCGCUAAACUAAAACAGCAUGCCUGAACCUGGACUGCAUACCUGAGAAGACUUUUUGAUGAAGUAGCAAAGAAAUGUUUUCGUAUCUUAGGAGAAGUAAAUUAAAUAUAUCCAACUCCUGGAAGCCACAGAACUGUAUAAUAUGAACUGCAUAAUGUGAGAUCCUUGGGGUUGUUUUAACCACGUAACUUACUGUUAAAGGAAGCUAUAACAAUGCCAGUAGGGCAUAGUCUACUCUCUACCUUUUUAUCCUGUAAGGUAACCUGAUGUAUGCAUUUUCAUCUCUACAUUAAUUCACUUUCACCACUCUAACAGUUUAAACUGAGACAAAUAUGAUAGUAAUUAUGCAUGAGUUUAUGCUACAGACAGCUGUCAGGCAUCCACUUUGUGCUUUGCCUGAUGUUUUAUGAAUUUCAAAUUUAUUUAUGGACUAGAAAAAGGUAUUGUCUUUCUACACGAAGAAGAGAAGGUCUCUCAAUGUUUGCUAACAUGUAAUUUACUCUUCAGUGAGGCAGCUAAUGCUUCAACAAGUUUCAACUUUUAUUAUAGACUUGGCAGAAUUCCUUGGAAGAUUGUUUUCUUCUUUCUAAUUUUUGACAAUUGUGAAUACAGAAGGUACAAGUUCAUCGCAGAUUCCUACUUAGGAUGAUGAUCAAGUUCACAUGACAGAAGCUAAAUAAUUAAAUUUCUUAUGUGGACCUGAAGGUGUAAAAAUAUAGCUACAAAUUUUUUUUUUUUUUGUAAAUUCAUGUCAUUUUAUGGCUUAUAUGAAUGUGACCAUGUACUGUAUAUCUGUUUUAUUUAUAUAUUUAUAUAUGCUGAUUUUCAUAAUGUAGAUAGGCACACAUUGACCAGACCCAUCCAGAUGAGAGUGCUUAUAGGUUGACUUGAAAUGCUUCUUUGUUUUUUUGUUCCAUUAUGAAUCACAGUAAUAACUCUACAACCGAGACUACUCUGGGGUAUCUGCUAUAACAUUUUUUUCUCUCUUUCCAGCUUUGAUUUUUAGAUUAAGAAAAUCUGUAAUCUUUAGAUUAAGAAAAACUGUUUCUAGAAACAGUUGCUACAGUUUAUAAAAAAUGUAGAAAUUUUCUAGGUAGUUUCUAGAAAGUUUAAGGAUUUCCCUAUGGUAAAAAAAAAAAAAAAAGUAUUUUAAGAGGUUUAGCUGCAGUAUUAUAACUUCUUAGCUUCAUUGUCCUCAGUAUAGGUUUGGGGUUUUAGCCUUUCCAUCUUCUCUAUGUGUACAAGUAUAAGGAACUUUGCAGAGUGCUGAAUUUUGAAAAGCAAGAAUUAGCCCACUGUUCUCAAAUUAAUGCCACUUAAGAACUGUGGCAAUCUGCACUUCUGUUGGCUAUUUUGUAAAGAUAUUUUUUGUCAUUAGUUUUCAAUAUGGUUUAUCUUUUAAAACAAAAUACACUAUACAGAUUCCAUAUUUACCUGUCUUUAUAUGUCCUCUGUUUCAUCGUAGCUUGAUUGAGAAAACCAAAGUUAAUAGUGUUAGUGGCAACACGUGAAAUCUUUUCCACCUGUGUAGUGAUAUCUGACUGUUACUGCAUUUUCAACACUCAGCGACUUUCCUUUUAAAACAGAGAUGUCAUUACAUCCCAAUGCAUCAAAAAAUGGCUGUUAGGGCUGGGUUGAGUGUGAGAACUGAGAAGCAGAUGGUAAAUUACAAGAAACAGGAAGCAAAAGGAAGAAUGUAGGUCCUUUGAGACAGGCUUUAAUGGAAGAGAGUCAGGGAAAAUGGGGGCUGAUUGAACGCAGAAGAAGGGCUAUGCCUGGGAUAGCAUCACUGUCUCCAGUAUGAAAGGGAUUUAGGAGUGUGAGAGUAAGGGCUGAUAUUGGUCAGGACUUAGUAAUUGGGGCUAGUCUGCUGCUGGGGAACAAAUAUUAGCUGGAAGUGAGUGCCAAUAACUAAAUGGGGAAGCAGACAUAAAUCCUAAGUUGGUUAAAAAGCUAUGGUUCUCAGGAAAUUGACAUAUGAGUGGUGAUUUCAUCACUUCAGUAAUUCUAACUAGAAGUUGAUAGAAAGUAAGUAAGCUCAAUACCUGUUGCAAUUUUAUUUAGAGUCAUCACUUCCUAAAAAUUGAGCCCAUUUUAAGAUUUCAUUAUCUUUUACUGCUCCUAGAAGACUGUCUGGACAGCGGACACCUGUGAGUGUCCCACUCCUGAGUGCAGUUCUUCAAAGCAGAUGCAGGUGUGAGAGGGAUAGCCCUUGAAUGUGUGUCAAGUAACUACCACACACACAGACAAAGCUAGGAGUGUAGGGAUUAACCUGCUUGAUUAAUCUCAAUUUUGACUCAUUGGAGCUAAAUAAUUGGUAAAUAAUAGAGAUCAAAUUGAACUCACAUUUUAAAUUUUCUCUUGUGGGUGCAAACUAUUCAAUUUCUUAUGAAACAAAGCAUGCAAACACCAUUUUUCUUAAAAAAAAAAUUCACUUAGUUCUUAUUAACAAGCAUGUGCUGAAGUGGCCUCUCGAGCUGAGACAGACUAGUCAGUGCCUUGCACUUUUGAGCAAAGUUCUAAUCAGCACCAUUUGCUGAAGCAGAUUUGCACUAUAUGAAGGAAAGCACUAUGUGGCCUGCACAUGUUGUGUUGGCUCUUUUCACACUGUGCUUGUAUAAGCAUACACAAAACAGGUUUCACAGAUACAGAAACAGACAAAUGUCUUCAAACUGCCCAAACUCUACUACUGGUUUUGGUAAGAUUAUGUAGUGUAAAUAGCUUUUGAAUUACACUUUCAGAUAUUGACUAGAUGCUUAUUGUUGAACUACUGAGUUUUUGAAAAUGUGCUGAGGAUGGGCUGUGUGGCACUCUUUGAAAAACAGAGAAAAUUAUUGAAUGGGGUUACUAAAAUGCAGUUGUUAUUUUAACAAAAUUAUCUGUGUUCAAGAAAACAAAUGCAUGAGUUUUAUGCUAGUGCAAUGUUUAGAGUCUAUCUGCAUUUUCUUCAGUUACUAUUUAGACCAGAAACAAAUGGAAAGUUUGGAAAAUGUGAAGUGAAAAUUGUACUAAAACAGAAUUCAUUUGCUGGCACGGCUAAUUAAUGUGACAAUUUUAAUCUGGUGCUGGGUUCAUCAUUUCAUGUUGAUAUUGCAGCAACGUGAAAGCCACAAGAGGAGAAAGAAGAGUGAACAAGCUAACUAAAACUGGUGGAUACAGCAGGGUGUCACCUCAGCAGCAAAAACUUGAACAACUCUGUGUGCCACUCCAUGAUACUUGGGGUAAACGGUAUCUGCUGGUCUGCAUUUGGAAGGCCUGCACUACCGACUCACAGUGGAGGGAAACCAUGCAUCCCAAGUGAAUGUCUAAAAGUCUUAAACCAUCUGCCUCAUGGGACUUGUUUUAUGUACUUUUUCAGGACAAAAUGUGUGCGCAUAGAUGUGCACACAUGCACAUUUAUUCCUUUGUCCAUAAAGCUUGUUGCUAUUGGCACAGCUGUUGGUCCAGCUACGCAGAUUCUGGAGUAACUAAUGACAAUAUCUGAUUUCAGCUGUUCCUGCACCCUGUCUCUAGUGGCUUUUCUGGAAACUGAAUCUCUUGAUUUUGUUGGUAUACAUCUCACAAGCUACAAGAAUGAGCUGGGAUCACAUUUCCUUUCCAAAGAUGGGAGAAGUUUCAUGUGGGGACAGUGACUCGUUUCUGCAUCUAGUUCUGACUAUUUACUCAGCACUGGGUUUCACCUGAAACAGGAAUAAACAGGAAUAAAUAAUGUGCUACAAGAUUAUUUUUUUCCCCAGAUAAUUUUCUUUUUGCAGUAAACCUUAAUAUUGAGAGAAAAACCUGUGUUGAGACAGAAAGGUGGUAUUUGAUCUAAAACUGUGUAGAAUUUCAGAAUUUAAAGUAGGAAAAAAUAUGGGCAUGCUGCAUAUAUUGUGUAAGCCUAUAAGCUUACAUGUAUAUUGAAGAUAUAAUAUGAACAUUUGUAUUUUUUAAGUCUUAAAGUAGUAAGAGUCCAUGUAUGCAUACCUCCAUGUAUUGCAGUUGAAGUUUGAUUUUGGGGCUUUGUUGUUUUGAUUUUGUCGAGGGUACAAAAGCUGCAAAUUGCAGUGGGGGCCUGGACUUUACUUCAUGUAUAUGAGACAUAUUUUUUUACAGGAAGCCAAAGUGGUUUUCCUGUAGUAGUAGAGCCAAAGUGGUAUUUCCUGUUCUGUGUGGGGUAUUUCAAAGCAGCAGAUAUUUUAAGAUGUCAGUCAGCAUUUCCCUGAUGGCUUGAAGAUUUAUCCCAGUCUGCUCCAAACUGCCACGUUCCUGCAUUUCUAAGAACCAUUUUCAUUAUUACCUAAAACGAAAAAUGACUUGAAAAACAGAACAGAAAAGCUCUGUACUGAAUGAGGCUGAAAGUCUUCUAUCUAUGCAUAAGUUAAUGGGAGCUCAGCAUGCCAAAAGCUGGGCAUUUCAAAACUGAAAAAAGAUUCCUAUGUGUUGAGGAGAAUACUAAAUUCCUUGAAAUUUGCUAUGGGAGAAGUUCCAAGACCUGUCUAGUUUGGAAAAAUGAAUAUUCUUCUAAUUUAUUUCCUCCUGAUAAAAAUCCAAAGGUAGUGGCUUGUAGUGUGGCAGAAAGCUAAAAAUGAAAUAUGCAUGUAAUUCACUGAUAGUUCACCAACCUUGAUGUACUACCUUGAAAUGACUGACUUUACAUGACUCAGCCUUUAACACAGAAAAUCCAUUUAUUUGGGAAACGAUUGUAGCUCCCACAGUGUCUGAGGCUUAUGUACCCUAUCUGGCCCACAUGAGGUCUAUGUUAAGGACAUAGGUGUAUGGCAUUUCUAUAGGGAAAAUAACUUACAGCCUCCAACUAUAGCUUAGGUACAAUGUUUCCCAGAUGCCUUAGGACCUACCCGAAUUAUUCUGAUUCUUGAAGUUGCUUAUGGAAGUUUUAUCUUUCCCCACCUGAAAAUAAAGAGAAGAGGAUAUGGAAAUAUCUCCCACUCUUAAGGGAAGAGAAAAUAGCACUAAUCUAGCAAAGGUUCAGAUAAGUCAUUUAUUUAAGAAUUUUUAGCAAAUUAACCCGCCUAAAGAAGGGUCAUAUAUGCAUACAAACAGCAGCACUCUUGUCCAAGACUUUCAGUGCCAAGAAUUCAAGAACUGGCCAAAAGGAGAAUUGGGGGUGCCUGUUCUGUUAAACUCUGUGUAGGCAGGGAAAGCCAUGCAUGGAGGAGUGUUUGCAAGGUUAUAAGGAUAUCUGUUAAGCAGGGACAGGGCCUGCAGCACCUUGAAAUAUGGAAUCCCAAUUUGGUGCUUUAUCUGUUAAGUCUAUUUUUCUUCCCCCCUCCCUCCCUUCACUGGUUUGAAACUUGCAGCACAGUGUUUGCACUCAGCACUGCCUUUUUACAGCUUGUUGCCCACACGUGUGACUUGAUUUUAAUGGAAUGGUACACACAUCUUGCAGAA